ACACUAUAGAGCAGACAUGGCUGAGGAUAUUUAUGAGAAUAUGAACGAUACGGAGUCUGCGGGAAUGAACAGAAAGCGAGUGGUGAAGAUGGAGGAUUUGUAUGUAAAUGCAGGUUCUGUGGGAAACCAUGACUAUAGGACAAGAUCAAACACUCAACAACCACUUCAAAAUACAGGAAGUGAUCCAGUGAAGACAAGAAGCUCCAGAGCAGCCUUAGUGUGUUUGCUGUUGCUGUGUUUUCUUCUGCUGACUGCAGUCAUAGGGCUGAGUGUGUACAUCUAUACAAACAAGUCAAACUGCCCUGAAGGGAGACGCCAGCUACUAACUAAAAUCGCCAACCUCACAGGAAACAGAGAUGAGCUAAUGACAAAUAUUGAAAACCUUCUGAAAGACAGAGACCAACUUAUAAAGCAACAUCAGAUUAUUGCUGGGUGGACUUACUUUCAAUCCAGUUUUUACUACUUGUCCAAUGAGUCGAAGAGCUGGUUUGAAAGCAGAAGAGACUGUAGAGACAGAAAAGCAGAUCUGAUCACCAUAAACAACCAACAGGAACAAGAUUUUGUUAUGACCCUCACUCGUAAUGAGGAAUUCUGGAUUGGUCUUACUGACAGCGAAAAAGAGGGCAGUUGGAAAUGGGUUGAUGGCAGUACACUGACCACUUGGUUCUGGGCUUCCUUUGGAUCAAUAACUGAGCCCAAUGGAGGGACAAGAGAGAACUGUGUUUUGACUCCUUUAAAAAGACACCCUGAGUUAAUAGGAUGGAUUGAUCAUUCUUGUGAUGCUGCUUAUCAAUGGAUCUGUGAGAAGAGUAUUUUACCAGUUACUUUUUAAGAAGCAAAAAAGGUUUGUUUUAAUGUUAAGUUUAAAAUUACAAUUAAAAAACUGAUAAAGAACUCCUGAAAAUGUAUCCAAAGUUUAAGUAUAAAUAGGCAGGGGUUUUUAGUCUUUAGACGACAUUGACCCCUAAAAAUUAACCCCAUCCUAAAAAGUAAACAUGUAUAGCCUAUUUACAGUGCUCAGCAUAAUUGAGUAAAUCCCAUUUUGAAAAUGGAUAUUUUAAUCCAUUUCAUAGUGAAUAUAGGCAAUGUAUUUUGGUGCAUUUAAA